UCCAUUUUGUUGUUAUAAAUUUACACACUCCCACUGCUGGACAGUGGUCUCUCCUCUGCUCUGAAAUGAACGCUCCAGGAACCAGCCAAGACCAGUUUCUCUCUCCACGUUACGGCUGCUCUGUCACUCUGGUUCUCUCUGCUCUGGUUUCCCCUGUUCCGACCCUAGAGUAGAGGAAAGGGGCUCCUCCAUUGAAGCUUCUUUGCAAGCUCUACACACAGUGAGAGACAGAAACAGAGAGAGAAAUGUAUGCAGAGACGGGGCUUCUGUUUCCCUACUUCCAGAACUUCUCUCAAGAAGUGCACCCCUUUGAGGACUUCUGCCGAUUCCAGAAGCCCAAUGCUCCAAUGGGCAACCUCAUUCAGACAUCCACUGUAUCAGAAUAUGACCUGGGAGGAGAAGGGGAUUUAUUCAAAGCUCCUGAGCCCAUCAUUGAAGAUCCAUUGGCAGGGCUUGAUCCCAUGACAGCUGCCAUAUCAAUGAUAUCUUGUGGGGAUGAGGUCAUCCCCUCUCAGGCACUUGAAGUUGCAGAAUCGAUUCAAAAUGAGCAACUUUUGAGUGAGGUUUUAUAUGAAUGUGAGAAGGAUCUCUUAGCAGAAGCUGCAGCAGGGACACCACUCCCUGAGAUUCUGGAUAAUAAGAUUCCUGUUGCAAGUUCAGACAGAAGACAACUGGUUGAGGAAAAAUUGCUCUCUGAAGGGCCAGUCCAGAAGAGUGUUAGCUCAGGGUGUUUAAGCUCAAUGGAGUGGAUAAGUGGGGCUCCAGUUAGGCCAAAUUUUCUGGAUUUUCCAGGGAUGGACUUCGGGGCUGUUUAUGGGAUGCGAAGGGCAUUCAGUGAAGGAGAUAUAAAGACUCUUGGUAAUGGUAAUAUGAGCCUCAUCCCUUCCCCCCUUGAGCAGCGGAGUUGCAACAGUGAAGAACGCAGGCAAAAGCUUUCGAGAUAUAGGAACAAGAAGACGAAGAGGAACUUUGGAAGGAAGAUUAAGUAUGCUUGCAGGAAGGCUCUUGCUGACAGUCAACCAAGGAUCCGUGGACGGUUUGCAAAGACUGAAGAAUCUGACAUUUCCAAGAAGCAAUAACUGUUACCAUUUCACCAAGAAGAACGCUAGGAGUGAUGUAGCUAGCAGACCCAAUGAAGUGAAGUUAACUGCUAGUAGUGUAAGCCAGGCGACCAGACCCGUGGAAGCUUGAUCAGAAAUUGCUCAAUAAGUCAGUUCCUCAACACAAGCAGACUAGUUGAUCUUAUAUUUGUUGUAAUAAUCUCCUCCAUAGUAGAGGUUGAAACGGUUGGCUAGGUUUGUACAUAGGCUGGUUGAAUAAAAUUGGAUGUAGGAAUGGUACUUUGUUUAUAUGUGAUAUGAAUUGAUCAUAUUGCUGUCUAGGGGUACUUCCCCGACAAA